GCGGUGUGGGAUGGGGGAUGCGGUGAGGCGGCAACGAUCGGGGCCGCGUGGUGGCUCCCCGUGGGGCGCGGUGGGGUCACCGCGUGCCGUGAGGACACACUCAAACCCACCGUGCAGCUCCCUCCCGUCUCUCCGCGUUGGGCUGCAGGUGGGCACGGAGGCCCCGAGCGGCGAUGGCCGCGGAGGAGCGCCGGGAUCGGGGGGCAGCAGCGCCCUGCCCACAUGAGGGGGCUUUGGUGGGGAGCGGGGCUGCGGGCUGCCCGGCAGAGCCGAGCUGCGGCGAUGUGGCCGGUAUGUGUGUGGGCGGCAGGCAGGGUGGGGGAGAAGGAGGGAGAGGAAGCGGCAGAGGCAACAGCUCCUUUGAUAAGCAGCUUCCUGAACACUUUCAAACCCCCGGGUUCAGACCGACGUGCACAGCGCCCGCGGCCCCGUGCCGGGACGGUCGGAGCCCACGCCUCGGGCCGCAGGUAAGGCACCCCCGGGCUGGGGCACGGCCGCGAGGGUCCCUUUGGAGAGGCGAGCCCCGCAGCAGCAGCAGGCCUUGGCACGUGUGCUCGCUGCAGGCGGUGCAGGUGCCCCCCGCAGGGAUGCUGGUGGGGAGGUGGGAUGUGGGGACGUGGGAUGCUCCUGGGGCAGAUGCCGGGAGCAGAAGCUCAUCUCAGGGUCCUCCUGUGUGCCUUCAGCUCGGCUGGGGCCUUUCCCAGGUGUUUCCUGGGUGAUGCUGUGGUCCCAGCCUGCUGCUCCCAGCUAUGAGGGGUGCCCGUGGCACUGAGGACAACUGUGGGGUCAGCCAGGAUUGACCCUGAGUGCUUCAUCUCAUGCCCCGCUGUGUUUCCACCCCGCACGGCCAUGGCCACACUGUGACCCUCCCUGCUCCAGCCCCAGCUUUGUCUGUGCCCAGUUCUCUGUAGGGAUGUCCCUGAGCCUCUGGUCCAUUUGGUACCCUGCUAUGUGCCUAUUGAGAGCUCUGACCCUGCAGCAUCCCCAUCCCAUUGGGUCCAUCUCUCCUCGCAGAGGAAGCUGGGGAGGAGAAGGAGCUUUGCCACCCUGAGCUGCUGCCUGCGCCAUGGGGACGUCUGCCCAAAGAAGAACCAGCAUCACCCACAUCUCCCUGCCAGGGGCUGUUUGGGGCUGCUGGUGGUGGAGCCUUGGCAGCCUCCUCCAGCCAGACCACCCCAUCACCUCUUGCUCAACCAUUCAGAUAGAGCAGUUUCCUCUUGACAGUUGCUGAUACUUGAGGGAUGGAGGAAGCUGUCCCAGGGCCGUUCCCCCCACCCCAAUCCUUCCUCCUGGUGGGGUGCUACAGGCACUCUCUCCAUGCCACCCGUGGAUGCUGGAGUCCUGGAGCCCUGAUGCCACGGCAACGAGGACCCGAAACACCUCCUCUGCUUAGGGAUUUUCUCAUCCUGGUCCAGCAAGGGGUUCACCAGCCAGCCUCCUUGUGUCUCUCUCAUCUGCCCUGUGUUUUCCAGCCGCUUCUCCUCUGAUGGCAACUCCUUCCCUCGGCAGCUGAGGCCCCCUCACUCCCACUCCUCGUGCUUCAGGGCGAGUGCUUCGUGGCUGCCGCAGCAUGGUCCAAGCCUGCUCAGUGUGCCACAGAGCUCAUAACAGCAGCCUGACAGCCCGGGUGGCCACCAAAGCCAUGGACAAGGCAGACAAGCCCAGUCCCUCUGCGAAGAAGCACGUGCGGCUCCAAGAGAGGAGGGGCUCCAACGUGUCGCUGGUGCUGGACAUGAGCUCGCUGGGCAGCGUGGAGCCCAUCCAGCCCGUAUGCACCCCACGGGACGUCACACUGCAGUUCCUGAGAACAUCCAGCCACGUGCUGAGGAUGGAGGAGCUGCAGCAGCGCGCCCAGAACCUAGCACAGCUCCAGGAGGAGUUCUCGAAAAUCCCACCCAACUUCAUCAGUCCGGAGGAGCUGGAGAUCCCUGGACGUGCCUCCAAGGACAGAUACAAAACCAUCCUCCCCAAUCCUGAGAGCCGGGUGUGCCUCAGGAGGGCAGGGAGCCAGGAGGAAGACGGCUACAUCAAUGCCAACUACAUCACGGGCUAUGCAGGACGUCCCCGGGAGUACAUUGCCACCCAGGGGCCCAUGCUGAACACCGUGACUGAUUUCUGGGAGAUGGUGUGGCAGGAGGAAGCACCCAUCAUCGUCAUGAUAACCAAGCUCCAGGAGCGCAAGGAGAAAUGUGUCCACUAUUGGCCUGAGAAGGAGGGCACCUACGGCCCCUUCACCAUCCGUGUGCAGGGGAUCAGCGAGUGUGCGGAGUACGUGGUCCGCAGUCUGUCCAUCCAGCUGGAAGGUGAAUGCCGCCACGUCAAACACGUCCUCUUCCCUUCCUGGCCAGACCAGCAGACACCUGAGUCAGCCAAGCCCCUGCUGCACUUGGUGUCCAAAGUGGAGGAGACGCUGCAGGCUGCAGCCAGCCCAGGGCCCAUCGUUGUGCACUGCAGUGCAGGCAUCGGUCGGACGGGCUGCUUCAUCGCUACCAGGAUUGGGUGCCAGCAGCUGAAGGACAAGGGAGAUGUGGACAUCCUGGGAAUCGUGUGCCGCCUCCGCAUCGACAGAGGCGGGAUGAUCCAGACCAGUGAGCAGUACCAGUUUCUCCAUCACACACUAGCCCUGUAUGCUUCCCAGCUGCCAGAAGCAGGGGGCCAUUAGCACCCGGCUCCACCACUCGCUGCCUCGCCCUGAACCCCCCCAGUGCCAAACCUGGGACAACUCUGCUGAAUCUGCUCCUGCUGCACCCGGCCAUGAGCCUGAGCCUCCCACAGGCUGAGCGAAGCCGUUGGGAUUGUGGCCCCACAAGCAGGUUUGGGGUUUGCACAAGGCAUGCGGCAGGAUGCACCAUGCAGAAGAGCAAGCUGCGCACAGGAUCUGCCUGCUAGAAAUAAACAGAGCUUCUCCUCCAGCUGCACAUCAUCUGCGGGCAGAAGUUGGGACACGCAGGGCUCACUCCCAGCACACUCCUCAAUGGUCUUCCUGCUAAAGACACACCUGGAGGAUUUAGCCCAAAGCUGCACUGCUGGCUGCCUUCGCUACAUGGCCUGCUUUCUUCUCUGCCUUCAGCCAUUGCCUUCCCACCUGCCUUAAAGUAGGGGAUACUCCUAAGUGUGUCUGCACGUCUGCAAGCACUAUGCUCCGAAUUGUAACCAGCCUCAUUACACGAGGGUGGGUGUUUGUGUUCUUGGGCUGUGGGUUUUUUUUUGUUGUUGGAAUCAGAGCAAAAUAAUACACCUGUUUUGUUGUUUCUUUUUCACUGUGUAAAUAGAAAAGUUUCAUCCUUAACUCUGCAGUUCUCCU